CCGUGAUAAAGCAGCAGCAGAAGCAGCAUCUCAUGUGAUCUUUCUUGGGCGUCUGUUUGAGUUGGUUUGCGGUGUGCUCGACUGGAUUUACUCACAUCGUCUGUCGGAAGUGUGCCAAGCUGUUUACGCUUUUCUCUUUUGCGCGUUUGGUGCAUGUUUUGCAUGCAUCGGUCACUAUAGUUUUGCGCGUCUUGUUCAAUUCGAGUCUCUUGGGUUUUGUAAGUAUUUAUAGUGUUAUACAGUCAGUAUGGGUCCUAAACAGAGCAGUCCGUCCGGAGGGGUUCGGAUCCGGUCUUAUUCCGGUUCCGAUUGGUCUAACUCUGACGGGCGAGCUGCUAUUCUGCGCUAUUACGCGGGCGGUUCGACGGGACAGAUCGGUGAACGGGUCCAGUAUUCAUCGCAAACACCCGGUUCGUUCAUCCAGAGCGCCGUUAUCCCGACCGGCGGCCGGAGAGAUGAGGCAGACGGGCAGAGGACGCUUCUGAUCGGCUCCUUACCUGCACACCUCACACCUCACCUGCUGGGGGCUGGAUUCGACUGUCCCAUGUGCUCAAAGUUUGUCUGUUCUGAUGAAAUAGAUGUUCAUCUGCUCAAGUGUUUCUCCAAACCCAGACUCCAUUAUAACGAUGAUGUUUUGUCCCGGGACUCUGGCGAGUGUUCGAUAUGUCUGGAUGAUAUGGUUCAGGGGGACACCAUCGCUCGACUGCCCUGUCUCUGUGUCUACCACAAAGGGUGUAUUGAUGAGUGGUUUGAGAUCAACAGAUCGUGUCCAGAACAUCCCACAGAUACACAUUAAAACAGAUGAUCAAAUAAAGAAGAGCAGCAGAAAAGGGCUCAGUUAAUAUUUUCUCCAUGAUUUGACUCGCUUUGACACUAGAUGAUGAAUCCAUCACUAUCUGAGACUUAUAUGGGUCUAAAACCUGCUGUGCCAAAUCAAAAUGAAAUGUUGCGUAUACUUUGCACAGUUCUGUUAGCAGACCUGAAGGCUGUUUUACAGUAAUCUAGCUGCCAUCUUUACCCAUGAUGCUCUUCGGAGAUCAGAUGGUGGACUGCAGUACUACUUCAGUAACAUAACAGCGGUUUCAUGAUCGAUAACCACAAGAUGAAACACAUUCUCCUAACAGGACUUUCUGUUCAACUGUUUUAACCCAAAGGAAGAGAUGUUUAGAAAAGAAAUGAAUAUAGAGGACGAUGACCAUGGAAGAACACGAAAGACCUAAUCAAAUAUAUUUUCUGUACACAUAGGUUUUUGAAAUUAUAUUUAAAAUAGAUGAACCAGUUGUAAAUAUUUUUGAUAAAUGCUGUUAAUUUUUUUUCUCAAUGUUAUUAAUGUCAUGUAUAAAUAAAAUCAAAGAGCUCUAGGAUGUAAAGAA